AAAUAGGGGAACUAAGUGAAAUAUCUAGUGGAAAUUUAUUCGAAGAUACAGAAAAUUUAAUAAAGUUGCUUUCGAAUGUUGUGUAUGGAUUAUUUAAGAAUCAUAGACAUUUAAUCAUAAUUUAUGUAUGUUUUAUUUGAAAAGAAUAAAAAAAAUAACAUUAAUAUUAAUAUCAAAUAUCUUAAUAUUUAAAAAAAUAUAUACAGAAAUGAGAAAUUUAUAACAGAAUUCGGGACACGUGAUAUCUAUUUGACAAUUUUCAUUUUCUUUGUAUAAUUGUGUAAAUAUUAUUUUUUGCAAAUUUUACAAAGAAUAUUAAAAUACGCCAAGUCUUUUUAAAAAGAUUUGAGAAAUUAAAAAAUGGCAAAAAGAAUACAACCAUCUUGGGUUCCACCAGAAAGAAAAAAUAGCUCAGUUCUUAAAUUGUAUAAUAGUUUAACUAGAAAUAAAGAAAUAUUUGUUCCUCAAUUUGGAAAUCAUAUAUUAUGGUAUAGUUGUGGACCUACUGUUUAUGAUGCAUCACAUAUGGGACAUGCUAGAUCGUACAUGUCUUUUGAUAUAAUAAGACGUGUAUUAUCUGAUUAUUUUGGAUAUGAUAUUUUAUAUGUGAUGAAUAUUACUGAUAUAGAUGAUAAAAUUAUAAAAAGAGCUAGACAAAAUUAUUUAUAUGAAAAAUAUAUAAAAGAAAAUCAUACGCUUGAUAAAAUUUUGGAUGAUGCAAAAAAUGUAAUGUAUAUCUUUGAAGAUACUGUAAAGAGUACAACUGAUACAGAUAAAAAAUAUAUACUACAGAAUAUAUUAUGCAAUGUAGAAAAAGCUAUUGAAAAUCUUGAAGAUGCAGUAAAACUUAAAGAUGAAGAUAAAAUGAAGGAAUUUCAAGAAUUGUUAUUAAAAGAAGUACGAGAUCCUUUGGCAGAAUGGUUGGAUAAAGAAAAAGGUGCUAUGGUUACAGAACAUUCAAUUUUUACCAAAUUAUCGCAACAUUGGGAACAGGAAUUUCAUAAAGAUAUGGAUUCUUUAAAUGUAUUAAGACCAAAUGUUUUGACUAGAGUUAGUGAGUACAUACCAGAAAUUAUAGAAUUUAUUAAAAAAAUUAUAGAAAAUGGAAUUGCAUAUGAAAGUAAUGGUUCUGUAUAUUUUGAUGUUUCUACUUUUAAUAAACAAGAUAAACAUUAUUAUGCCAAACUUGUUCCAGAAGCAUAUGGUGAUACAUUGAGUUUACAAGAAGGAGAAGGAGAUUUAAGCACUUCAGAGAUAUCUGAAAAAAGAUCGCCAAUUGAUUUUGCACUUUGGAAAUGUUCAAAAGAAGGAGAACCAUGGUGGGAAAGUCCUUGGGGUAAAGGACGACCUGGUUGGCACAUAGAAUGUUCAGUUAUGGCAUCUAUAAUUUGUGGAGAAAGUUUAGAUAUUCAUACUGGUGGAGUAGAUUUAAAGUUUCCCCAUCAUGAUAAUGAAAUAGCACAAGCAGAAGCAUACUUUAAUAAUUCUAAUUGGGUUAGAUAUUUUCUCCAUUCUGGUCAUUUGACCAUAGCAGGAUGUAAAAUGUCUAAAUCAUUAAAAAAUUUUAUUACUAUACAAGAUGCAUUAAAAAAGUAUUCAGCAAGACAACUUAGACUUGCAUUUCUUUUACAUUCAUGGAAAGAUACAUUAGAUUAUAGUGAUAAUACCAUGCAUAUGGCUAUUCAAUAUGAAAAAUUUUUAAAUGAAUUUUUUUUAAAUGUAAAAUGUAAAAUUAGAUCUUUGGGUUCUGAAACGAAUAUCAAUACUUUUAUUAAAUGGAGUAAUUUCGAAAUAGAAUUAAAUGAAAAAUUUUAUAAUACCAGAGAUCUUGUACAUAAUGCAUUAUGUGAUAAUAUUGAUACAAGGAACGCACUUGAUGCAAUUAGAGACCUUGUGACACAUUGUAAUAUUUAUAUGAAAGAAAUUAAACAACCAAAUACAUUAUUACUUAGAGAUGUUGCAGUUUAUAUUACAAAAAUGUUUACUAUAUUUGGUACUAUAUCAUAUUCACAUGAUGCUAUUGGUUUUCCAAUAGAUAGUAAUAUCGUGAAAUUAAAUGUAUGGUUUAUAUUUUUAUAUAUAUAUUUUUUUUAUUUAUAUUUUGAAUUUUUCAUUAUGGAUUUCAUUAUAAAGGUUGAACAGGCUGUUAUGCCAUAUCUUGAAAUUUUGGCAAAUUUCCGUGAAAAAGUAAGAAAUCAUGCUAAAACUUUGAAAGCUACUACUAUUCUUGAAGAAUGUGAUACAUUACGUGAUGAUAUUUUACCAAAUAUUGGAGUUCGUUUAGAGGAUAGUAAUAAUGAAAUUUGUAAAAUUAAAUUAGUAAAUAAAGAAGAUCUUUUAAAAGAAAAAGAAUCUAAGAAGAAAAUGGAAUUAGAGAAAAUGCUAGAAAAAGAAAAGAAAAAAGCAGAAAUUGCUGCGACAGCUGCAAUGAAAGAAAUACAGAGGAAGAUUCCCCCUUCUGAGAUCUUUAAGUUAGAAAGAAAUAAAUAUUCUCGAUUUGAUAGCAACGGUUUACCGACGCAUGAUAUCAAUGGUAAAGAAAUUAGUAAAGGGCAAAUAAAAAAACUGCAAAAGUUUCAACAAGCGCAAAAAAAGAGAUAUAACGAAUAUCUCGCUUCUAUUUAAUAAAACGCUUAAUAUAGUAUUAAUCUUGUAUAUUAGAAAGGUGAUUGUUUAAGAAAAACAUUGAUCUCACCUUUUUAAAAUAUUUAUUUUCACGUUAACUUUUUUUAUCACUGCAUUGUUCAUUAAUUU